CCAAAAUCGAAUAGUCCCUGUGCUUAUACUUUGUUGUUAUUGUUGACAUCACUGUCAUGUCCCAUUAUCAUCAGCCUCCGUCCGGCUGAUAGGAGAUUUCUUCAUUCCUUUUGGUUUCUCCGAAGUUAGUUCAUGAUUCGACGCGUGAUGGGUGAGGUGGACGUGAAACUCGGAAUCCGGCAGACGCUAGCCAAAAUCGACGAAGCUUUUGGAAAACGUUCCCAGACAACAAAAUCUAUCAAGCCGCUGCUGGUAGCCGUGAGUAAAACCAAACCAAUAGAGUUGAUCCUGGAUGGAUACUCCGUCGGACAACGUGACUUCGGUGAAAAUUAUGUCCAGGAACUAAUAGAAAAGGCAAAUGAUCCCAGAAUUUUGGAACAAUGCAAAGACAUCCGAUGGCACUUUAUAGGUCAUCUUCAGAGCAACAAGAUUAAUAAGAUUGCAAACCUACCCAACCUGCAUAUGGUUCAAACCGUUCACAAUGCUAAACUGGCUGAAGGUCUCAACAAGGCCUGGGAAAAGGUGAAAACUGAAAUACCGGAUAAGCAGCAGUUAAACGUUCUCAUACAGAUCAAUACCAGCGGGGAGGACGAGAAAAACGGAACCGAACCGGCCGAGGCCGUGAACCUGUACCGCUUCGUGACGGAGAAAUGCCCCAACUUGAACUGCCACGGCGUGAUGACGAUCGGUCGCUUUGGGCAUGACUACUCGACAGGGCCCAAUCCGGACUUUAUCGAGCUGAUGAAGUGUCACCAGGACAUUUGCAGCACCUUUGAGCGGGAGCCCACCGACCUGCAGGUUUCGAUGGGAAUGUCUGACGACUAUGUUCGGGCGAUCGAGAUGGGCAGCACAAUCGUACGCGUAGGCAGUUCUAUUUUCGGAGCCCGAGCAAAGAAAAACGAAGCAUAGGAAUUUUUCCACCGUCGCACCGUUACUCACUACUAUAGCCCACGCGCGGACUGCUGGUUCAGAUCGAGAGGGUGCGAGCCGGCUAGGAUUUCGAGGGGGCGGAAAACGGGCAAUUGUUUAGGCACACAGAUGUCGAUUUGCUGAUUUUCCGCUGAGAAACGGUGGUUGAGCUGUAUGGAAUUCUGUUUGUUAUUUUUGUACAUAUCGAAAGUAAAAUUGAAGACAGUGUCACAUAAUGAGUAGCAGUAUGUGUUGAACAUCAAACUUCUAUCAAUAAAUUACUUAAAAACACAUUAAUAAAACUAAAAAAAUCGAUAAA